AUGACUCGCCGUUGUUCUCACUGCAAUCAAAAUGGCCACAACUCACGUACAUGUCCGAAUCGCGGCGUUAAGCUCUUCGGUGUCCGUCUCACGGAGGGUUCGAUCCGGAAAAGUGCUAGUAUGGGUAAUCUCAGCCACUACUCUGGCUCUGGAUUGAGCGGGCUUGGUGGAAGCUCGUCGAACAAUCCGGGUUCUCCUGGUGAUGGUCAUGACCACGGCGUCGGCGACGGUUACGCCUCUGAGGAUUUUGUUCCUGGCUCUUCUUCUAGCCGCGAGAGGAAGAAAGGGAAUCCAUGGACAGAAGAGGAGCAUAGGAUGUUUUUGAUGGGUUUACAGAAGCUGGGGAAAGGAGAUUGGAGAGGUAUCUCUAGGAGCUAUGUGACAACGAGGACACCUACUCAAGUUGCAAGUCAUGCUCAGAAGUAUUUCAUUAGACAGUCCAAUGUGUCUCGCCGCAAGAGACGUUCUAGUCUCUUUGAUAUGAUUCCUGAUGAGCAGUUAACAGACGUUAUGGUGGAUUCUCAAGAACCGCAAGCAGAGGACGUUCCUAUGGAAACACAAAUGCAGAGCACUGACUCUGUUCCAGCACCGUUGAUUCUCGAAACAGAGGAGUGUGAAUCCAUGAAAUCCACCAACUCUAGUGCUGAGGAGCCGCCAACUGUAACAGCUUCUUCUUCUUCCUUCACACCAGAAGACACCAACGUCCAAACGCAGAUACAACCACAACCACAGCCACCUGGUUCUUUCCCUGUGCUGUACCCGACUUACUUCUCACCAUUCUACUCAUUCCCUUUCCCGGUAUGGCCUGCUGCGUAUGCCACCGAGCCGGCAAAGGAAGAGACUCACGAGAUCCUCAGGCCAACAGCUGUCCACUCAAAAGCAGCACCGAUUAAUGUUGAUCAGCUUCUUGGCAUGUCUAAGCUCAGCCUCGGGGAGUCUAGCCAAAACGGUGUAUCAGAACAGUCUCUUUCGUUGAAACUCGUUGGAGGUUCGUCUUCGAGGCAAUCAGCUUUUCAUCCAAAUCCAACCAGUGGUGGUGGUGGUGGUGGUUCGGACAUGAACUCUGUGAUUCAUGCUGUCCAAAGAUCUGCCUGA